AUGGCUUCUUCACUCGGGUUGACUUUCCAUCGUUGUCGAAUUAUGCAUUUAUUUCCACCAUUGCGCAGCCAAUGUGGUGGACAACGACAUGCGAACUUGGAUCCUCUCCGAACUAUUACACUGGCGAAAAAACACGUGAAAUUGUCUUCAAUGUCAUCCUAUGGUUCCAGUUUUUCUCCUCAACUAUUAACUUGUUCUUCUCUCGUGUCAUCCAUUCUUCCUUGCCGAUUUGCUACCAUAUAUCGUUCCAACAACAAACCACGUCCAGAAAGACCAAAGGCCCAGACGACAAUCGAUGAGGAAGAGAUAAAAAAGUUCUCUGCUUUGGCCAAUCUCUGGUGGGAUGAAACAGGAGAGUUUGAAGCUCUCCAUUCAAUGAAUUCUCUCCGAGUUCCUUUAAUUCGUGAUGCCUUAAAAGACAAAAUGGCUGUAACCGAAGAUUAUAAUCCAUUAAUGCCUCUUCAAGGAAUGAAAAUGAUAGAUAUUGGUAGUGGAGGUGGGAUAUUGUCUGAGCCACUGGCCAGAUUGGGUGCCACUGUGAUUGGCGUUGAUGCUUCAGAAGAUAAUAUCAAGACGGCCCAAGCACAUUUACGUCAAGACCCAAGCAUUGUGUGCCGAGUGAAGUAUAUUCACUCGACAGUUGAAGAUCUUGUAAUUACAGAGGAGAAUAAAUUUGAUGCUCUUGUUGCUUCAGAAGUCGUAGAACAUGUGGCUGAUGUCGAUGUAUUUGUUGAGUGUUGCUGCAAAUUAGUUAAGCCUGGUGGUUCUUUGUUCUUCACAACAAUCAAUAAAACCCCAAUGUCUUAUAUCCUUGGAGUGUUGAUGGCAGAAAGGGUAUUACGAUUGGUGGCUCCCGGCACCCAUGAUUGGAAGAAAUUCAUCUCUCCUCAAGACCUUAUGUUUCUGAUAGAAAAUAGUGGCUGUUCAAUCAGAUUGUUACAUGGCAUGAAGUACCAACCCCUCAGCAAAAAAUGGUGUUGGACAUCUGACACAAGCAUCAAUUACGCUCUCCAUGCCGUGAAGAAUAAAGAGCAAAAUCACUAG